CGUGUAUGUCUGUGUCUGAGGGAGAGAGCGAGAGUGAGUGAGUGUGAGUGCGGGGUGGGGUGGUGGCCGUUACGUUCGGGGCAACGGCUACGGCAGUGGAGAAGUAAGAAGAGAAACAACGUCCGGCGCUUCCGCCUUCGCUUAGGAGGAGGAGGAGCUGGUAGGGAAAGGAAAGUGUUUCACCCUGGGCCUGGAUUAGACCGAGUCGGGUUGGUGGGGGUCUGGGCUAUGAGCUUUUGAGGGUCGCUUGGGACGCGGAGCGAGACACGAGAGCCGGGAGCUAUGUCUCAGCCGCCGCCGCCGCCUCCGCUGCCGCCGCCACCUCCUCCCCCUGAGGCUCCACAGACUCCGUCGUCCCUGGCGUCGGCGGCUGCUUCGGGGGGGCUUUUGAAGCGGAGAGACCGGAGAAUCCUUUCCGGGAGCUGCCCGGAUCCGAAGUGCCAGGCGCGUCUGUUCUUCCCGGCCUCCGGUUCUGUCAGCAUCGAGUGUACCGAGUGCGGCCAGCGGCACGAGCAGCAACAGCUGCUGGGGGUUGAGGAGGUGACCGACCCGGACGUAGUGCUACACAACCUGCUGCGGAACGCGCUGCUCGGGGUGACAGGGGCACCCAAGAAGAACACGGAACUGGUAAAGGUGAUGGGCCUUUCCAACUAUCACUGCAAAUUGUUGUCGCCCAUAUUAGCUCGCUAUGGAAUGGACAAACAGACAGGCCGGGCCAAGCUUCUCCGGGACAUGAACCAGGGCGAACUCUUCGAUUGCGCCUUACUGGGCGACCGCGCCUUCCUCAUAGAACCAGAGCAUGUUAACACUGUGGGCUAUGGCAAGGACCGCUCCGGAAGCCUCCUGUAUUUGCAUGAUACUCUGGAAGACAUUAAGCGGGCCAAUAAAAGUCAGGAAUGUCUCAUUCCAGUGCAUGUGGACGGGGAUGGACACUGCCUGGUGCAUGCUGUGUCUCGUGCUCUAGUAGGCCGAGAGCUCUUCUGGCAUGCCUUAAGAGAGAAUCUUAAACAGCACUUUCAGCAGCACUUGGCCCGAUAUCAAGCUCUGUUCCAUGACUUCAUUGAUGCCGCUGAGUGGGAGGACAUUAUCAAUGAGUGUGACCCUCUGUUUGUACCACCUGAGGGUGUUCCCUUGGGCCUGAGGAAUAUCCACAUAUUUGGUCUUGCCAAUGUGCUACAUCGUCCUAUUAUUCUGUUAGAUUCCCUCAGUGGCAUGAGAAGCUCUGGUGAUUAUUCAGCCACCUUUCUACCUGGGCUCAUCCCUGCAGAGAAAUGCACUGGGAAAGAUGGUCAUUUGAACAAACCAAUCUGUAUUGCAUGGAGCAGCUCCGGUAGAAACCAUUAUAUCCCCUUGGUAGGCAUAAAAGGGGCUGCUUUGCCCAAACUGCCUAUGAAUUUGCUUCCUAAAGCAUGGGGUGUGCCUCAGGACCUUAUUAAAAAGUACAUCAAACUUGAAGAGGAUGGUGGUUGUGUUAUUGGAGGUGACAGAAGUUUGCAAGAUAAAUACUUACUUAGGCUUGUUGCUGCUAUGGAAGAAGUCUUUAUGGACAAACAUGGUAUCCAUCCUAGUUUGGUUGCUGACGUCCAUCAGUAUUUCUACAGAAGGACUGGAGUGAUAGGAGUUCAGCCUGAAGAAGUCACAGCAGCUGCUAAAAAAGCAGUAAUGGAUAAUCGCCUUCACAAAUGUUUGCUCUGUGGUGCCCUUUCUGAACUUCAUGUUCCUCCAGAGUGGUUGGCUCCUGGAGGGAAAUUGUAUAACCUGGCAAAAAGUACUCAUGGACAGCUGAGGACUGACAAAAAUUAUAGCUUUCCCUUGAACAAUUUGGUUUGCUCAUAUGAUUCAGUGAAAGAUGUUCUGGUACCAGACUAUGGAUUGAGUAACCUAACAGCUUGUAAUUGGUGCCAUGGCACAUCUGUGCGAAAGGUCAGAGGAGAUGGGUCUAUUGUGUAUUUGGAUGGAGACAGAACUAAUUCUAGGUCCACUGGUGGCAAAUGUGGUUGUGGAUUCAAACACUUUUGGGAUGGUAAGGAGUAUGACAAUCUACCAGAAGCUUUCCCUAUUACUUUAGAAUGGGGUGGAAGAGUGGUCAGAGAGACAGUAUAUUGGUUCCAGUAUGAAAGUGAUUCAUCUUUGAAUAGUAAUGUUUACGAUGUUGCAAUGAAACUUGUUACCAAGCACUUUCCAGGUGAAUUUGGGAGUGAAAUCCUAGUUCAGAAAGUUGUCCACACUAUAUUGCAUCAGACUGCCAAAAAGAAUCCCGAUGAUUAUACUCCUGUAAAUAUAGAUGGUGCUCAUGCCCAAAGAGUUGGAGAUGUUCAAGGACAAGAAUCAGAGUCUCAGCUCCCAACUAAAAUUAUUCUUACCGGGCAGAAAACAAAAACUUUGCACAAGGAGGAGUUAAACAUGAGUAAAACUGAAAGAACUAUUCAACAGAAUAUUACGGAACAGGCUUCUGUAAUGCAGAAACGGAAAACAGAGAAGUUAAAACAAGAACAAAAAGGGCAACCCAGGACUGUUUCUCCCAGUUCCAUUCGUGAUGGUCCAUCCUCUGCACCUGCUACACCUACCAAGGCUCCCUAUUCACCUACAACUUCUAAGGAGAAGAAGAUCCGAAUCACAACUAAUGAUGGACGACAGUCCAUGGUUACCCUUAAGUCUUCAACAACCUUUUUUGAACUUCAGGAAAGUAUAGCCAGAGAGUUCAACAUUCCUCCAUAUUUACAGUGUAUUCGAUACGGGUUUCCUCCUAAAGAGUUAAUGCCACCACAGGCAGGAAUGGAAAAGGAACCAGUUCCUUUACAGCACGGCGACAGAAUUACAAUAGAAAUUCUAAAAAGUAAAGCUGAAGGUGGUCAGUCUGCUGCAGCACACUCAGCCCACACUGUGAAACAAGAAGAUAUUGCUGUUACUGGUAAACUGUCAUCUAAGGAACUUCAGGAGCAAGCUGAAAAAGAAAUGUACUCCUUGUGUCUUUUAGCAACAUUAAUGGGAGAAGAUGUAUGGUCUUAUGCAAAGGGACUUCCUCACAUGUUUCAGCAGGGUGGUGUAUUCUACAGUAUUAUGAAGAAAACCAUGGGAAUGGCUGAUGGCAAGCAUUGUACUUUUCCACAUCUGCCUGGCAAAACCUUUGUCUAUAAUGCUUCUGAAGAUAGACUGGAAUUGUGUGUGGAUGCUGCAGGACAUUUCCCCAUUGGUCCUGAUGUUGAAGAUUUAGUUAAAGAGGCUGUAAGUCAGGUUCGAGCAGAGGCUACUACAAGAAGUAGGGAAUCAAGUCCCUCACAUGGGCUAUUAAAACUAGGUAGUGGUGGAGUAGUAAAAAAGAAAUCUGAGCAACUUCAUAACGUAACUGCCUUUCAGGGAAAAGGGCAUUCUUUAGGAACUGCAUCUGGUAACCCACACCUUGAUCCAAGAGCUAGGGAAACUUCAGUUGUAAGAAAGCAUAACACAGGGACAGACUUUAGUAAUAGUUCCACUAAAACAGAGCCUUCUGUAUUCACAGCUUCUUCUAGUAAUAGUGAGCUUAUUCGAAUAGCUCCUGGAGUAGUAACAAUGAGAGACGGCAGGCAGCUUGAUCCUGAUUUGGUUGAGGCCCAGCGAAAAAAAUUGCAGGAAAUGGUUUCUUCUAUUCAGGCUUCAAUGGACAGGCACUUGCGGGAUCAAAGUACAGAGCAGUCACCAUCUGAUCUUCCUCAAAGGAAAAUAGAAGUUGUGAGUUCUUCUGCAAAGUCUGGGAGUCUUCAGACUGGCUUGCCUGAAUCUUUUCCUUUAACUGGUGGUACUGAAAAUUUGAAUACAGAAACAACUGAUGGCUGUGUAGCAGAUGCACUGGGAGCAGCCUUUGCCACAAGGUCAAAAGCACAAAGGGGAAAUUCCGUGGAGGAGCUUGAAGAGAUGGAUAGUCAAGAUGCUGAGAUGACUAACACAACUGAGCCAAUGGAUCACUCUUGAUUUAAUUAGAGGCUAAUAAAGGCAGAAUGUUUAUUGUGAAUAUGUAAUAUUUGUUGGCUGGGCCACGUAACUUGAUUAGUCAUUAAAAAUCUUGUACGUAUGUAAUUCAAAGAUUAUAUCUUGUUAUUCAGUGCAUGAUAGCAAGUGUGUGAUUGGCCAUAGCUUUUAAUAUACUGCUGCCCAGGCUGGCUCUGAAUUUCUAUAAAUUAGCUAUUAGAUCUGCUGAGAUGACUUUCUUCCAUGUAUGUGGUUCAUUGGAAGUUCUUUGUAAUUUUAAUUCCACGAAAGCGUUAAUGUUUCCAACAAGAAAAUUGUCUUACUAAAUACGUUUGAUUUCUGAAAAGGCUAAAAAUGGAGGGGAAAUGAGAUUUUGCUAAUGUUGAUGUCAUCAAGGUAACCAUCUCACAUACUAGUGUCAAAAGGUUUAUGUAAACUUGAAUUUUAUCUGGACUAAAUUGUAUCUUAAAAUUCAUACAAUUAUUUAUUAGACAGUGGGAUGCAAGUGUUUCCAUGAACGUAAACACAUUCAUAGAGAUUUCUUGGCAAAAAUGUCUUGAGAAUAGAAUGUAAUGAUAUAACAUUUUGCUGAUUUGUGCAAGGUGGGGGAAAAAUCUAUUCUAGAUUGAUGAGGUCAAUGUGAUUCAGUUGUGUUGCUGUCUGAGCCAACACAGCCAAUUGUGUGUGUGCGUUAUUAAUAUGUUACCAUUAUUUUUGAUUCCUGGCUUGGUCAAGAACCACCUGAUUUUUUUUUUUUUAAUCUUGCAGAAAAGUUGAUUGCAAAGUGUGGUAGAAAAAGAAAUAAUGGUAGCAGUAGAGAAUUUAUAAAUAAGAGUUUAUCUUUAUGAAUGAGUUAAUUGUUCUACAAUUUUGAUCAGUGGUAUUUAAGCCUGUAUAUGCUAAGUGUAUUUACACCCCUUUGAGCCAAAAUGUUUUCUUUUUUUUUUUUUUCUUAGAAUCUAUAAGUUUCUGUAUUUGUUGGCUUCACUUGGGUUUAGAUGCAAAUUUUACUGCAUCACACCCUGAUCAGCUGGGUGUUUGCUUAGUGUAUUCAUCAAAUCUUUAGUGCCAGUUUCCUUGAGAAGCAGCUUUCAUGCUUAUUCCUUAAAAACAACAAAAGAGUGUUUAUCCUGAGAUUGGUAUUGCACUAUUUUAUUUUAUUCUGCAAAUCUGUAUUCUGAAAUGUACAUUUCAACCCAUAUUUUUCCUCUGUUCACUGAAAUUAAGUUGAAUUUGAAUGGCUGAAAGACAAAAUGUAUGUUAAUACAAUCUCUUACCUAGAGCAUUCAAAGCCUGGCUGUCUCUGUUUGCACAUGUAACAGAUGCAGAACUGUGUUUGUAAUUCUAAGACAAUGUAUGUCAGAAAGUAUUUUAUCAGAUGUUUAAAAAUCUCUGCCUGUUGAUUCAUAAGGGAUAUAGACAGUACUUUAACUUGUGUUUCCAGAUAAGGCAGAUUUUGGUCAUCUUUCUGUGAAAGUAUCUCUAACUGAACCCACUUCUUAAACAAACUAUUUUAAAUAAGGAAAGAAUGGAGAAUCUAGACAUUUUACAGGUGUAUCUGAACAAAAUAUAUAUUUGGGUUAGUUUUUGUCACAUUAUCACAUUUGUCUAUAUUUUAUUUUCAUCCUAAAUUUUCUUUCAAGCAUCUUCUCCCUAUCAAAACAGCAGGAAAUUUUUAAACUUUUAUAUUGUACACUAUUUUUGCAUAAAAUAAGAGCUGUAGCUACCAAAUACUAUUUACUACUUAGUAAAGGUGGCUUUUGUAAGCCACCUUUAUUUGUAACUACAAAUUACAAAUAUCACUUCACUAACCACUAUAAUUAUUUUUGGCUUUUUCAGCCACUGGAACUUUUUUGGGGGGGAUUUAAAUACAGGAAAACUGUUUAAUCAAAAAAUGCACUGCUUUCAUGUAAAAUGAUAUAAUCAUCUUUAACAAAUAUUUUCUUCAUUGAUAACUGACAGAUCUCUCAUAGCAUUAACAUAAAAUAUCAGAAACAAACUUUAUCUCUCCCUAUUCUUUCUUUUAGUGCAAAUUAGAAUGCGUAUGUGAAUGUUAGAAGAUGGACUUAAUCUCUGACAACUUUAUUUCUCUAGCUACAGCACUGCUAUUUAAAAGCCAGUUAGGUAUGAAUAGUACAAUAACAGUUUGGGUUCUCCCUUGAUAAAUGAAUAAAAGGCUCAAUUCUGAUAAGUGAUCAAAUUUCUUGAAAUUAUUUCAAAUCAGCUGAAAAUUUGGUGGGGGUGAUUGAUGGUUUUUGAGAAGUAGGCCAGGUAUCCUCACAAAGAAGUUUUAGAAUAGGGUUUCUUUAAGUUUUUAAAUAUCAUCCUUUGUCUUUCCAUAUGGUUUUCAUAACCAAAUACAUUACUGUAGAAUGGUUAUUUUUCUAGUACUGCCAUUUGUGAUAUAGCCACAUCUUGGAGUGCAAGCUAGACAUCUCAGGUAAAAAAAAUUUUUUUAGCCCUAGAUGUAAGAUUAUAACUAAAAUGCAUUCCUGCAAUUCUGUUUGCAGUGCUUCACUAAACACUGAAAUAAAGUUGUAAAUUUUUUCUUCAAUAAUCCAUUCUAUAGUUAAUCAUACCAAAUUUAAGUUGAUGACCUAAAGUCCAGGUAGUGUUGAAGAUAGUAUAUAUCUAGAAUACUGGUAGUGAGAAAUUGGUGUAAGUUGAAGAAAACAAGAUGCUGCCAUAUAUUAAAAUAGAAUAUGAUUAACUCCAUGAGAAUGGUUACUCAGGAACUAGUUAAAGAGCAAACCCAUUUCUCCCGCUUCACUCUGUUUCAGAUAUUUUAUUGGAAAAUGUUAGGGUAGAGGCCUGAGAAAGUUAGCAAAUACUAACUUUUUUUGACUGAUACUGGCUCUGUGUCUUCCAGUGAUUUUUAGUUUGGUUUUUACAGUCAAGCCUACUGCUUGCAAUUAAGAUAUCAAUCUGAAAUGCAUCCAUAAUUCCUGGCCACAGGUCCUUAUUGCCAUUAUUUUUAAGUAUCUUCAUUGGAGAUGAACACUGACUUUUGCAUAUGGUCUCUUACCUCAGGGAAGAUCACUUGCUAGCAACUCAUACUACUAAUGACAGGUUUUUGAGAAUUGUACUGACAUCACAUGUUAGCUACUAAAUGCAAAAUGUAUAAAAGUAUUGUUUUAUGUAGUUACCUACCAAUACUAUCUGCUACUGAAUAACUCUCUAAAUAUGUAGACCUCACUAAUAACCUUUAGGUAAAAAAUUUACUUCUGUCAUUAAUUACACUUCAACUGGUCAAUAUAGUGACAGCAUAAAGUGUUUAUUUCAGAAUAUCAAUACAGUUUUGUCUUCAUUUUUCAAUAGUAAUUUCAAUUGGUCCAUACUUAAAAUACUGCAGCACAGAUUUUGAGUUUUAUGGUUCUCAAAGCAAGGUUUCCAUCUUAAGCUUUUUAUAAAAACAAAGCCUUUGCAAAAUUGGAUUAAAUUCCACUUAAUGUGAAUUAAAAAUGACCAUUUAUAAUAAUAAUAGUGAGCGCCAUAUUCUAAGUCGAGUAAAUGUAUCCUACCAUUCAAGGUUAUCAUAUAAUUUAACAAAAUUGUACAAUCUUAAGGCUCUUCACAGUAUAAAUUAAUUUUUCAAACCAGAGCUGUUCACAUGAAAAUAUUGCUUAGUAGAAUGUAUAUUUAAGAAAUAAAAUAACAGGGGAACUAUAUCACCAAUGUAAGUUAUAGAGUUAAUUACAAAUUCUACCAUUCUUGAUAAUUCUUUGAGAUGCUAAGUGUUUCAGUUAAUAUUUAAUGAUACCUAAAUCGUGGGAAUUUUAAUGUUUGUUCCAAAAUAGCAGAAAUUGUAAAAAUUGUGAAUUACUGGAGAAAAUGCCAUUACUUGUAUAUCUGACAUUUAAUUUUUUAAUUAUGGAGACUACAUGCUUUUGUAGUAUAAUAUUAAUGAUUAUUCUCUUGUAAAAGAAAAGGAAAAAUUAGUAAAGAAAAAAGUUUUAGUUGAUGUUACCUGCUUGUGAGUAUCAAUUACUUAGUUUUUAAAAGUUUAAGGUGUUGCAUACUUUUCUUUAGAAUGCAGAAAUCUCGUCCUGAGCCCUUAUGCCUGUGGUAGAGCAAUAAAAUAAUGAAAAGGUUAUCAGUAUUUCCAGGCUUAUUUGACUUAAGAAUUAGUGCCAAGAACUGGAAAGUCUACUUUUUGGAGGGAAACGAUACUUAGAAUUUGUAAACUAAGCAGUAAUAGUGUAAAUAUUUAGAAAAAUAGCAAGUGCUUUAACUGCUCAAUAAAAUAGUAUAGAUGUUAUGUCACCCUUAAGGCACUGGCUGUUGCCCAUUAUUUUCUGAUUUCGUGAUUGCUGUAUAUAUUACAUUUGAGUAAUGAAUAAUUGGUAAUAGUGUAUUAUAGUGUUCUACAACAUACCUUACUGUACAGUAUUUGAAGUUUUCUUUUAUAUCAGUAAUAAAACUAUAAGUUAAUACUGAUUUUCCCCCGAAAUUCUCCACAUUAGUUUUUAAAGGUAAUUUUAUAUUCCUUAGUUUCCUGGAAUUACAAUGCAUGAACAUAUAAUUCAGUUUUAUAAAGAAAUUCUUAAAGUUUUCUUGUUGAACUUAAGUGAGUUAUCAUACAGGAAUAGUAAUUUUUCCCCUUAAUGUAGAUUUCAUUGCUAGAUGAAAUGGACCCAGUGAAAAAAGAGUGCACAAUUUUUUUUUUUUUUAAAACAGGUCUCACUCCACCACCCAGGCUGGAUUGCUGUGGCACGAUCAGGGCUCACUGCAGCCUCAACCUCCUGGGCUCAAGUGAUCCUCCCACCUCAGCCUCCUGAAUAGCUGGGACUACAGGCAUGUGCCACCACACCUGGCUAAUUUUUGUAUUUUUUGUAGAGACAGGGUUUUGCCAUGUUGCCCAGGCCAGUCUUGAACUCCUGAGCUCAAAUGAUCUGCCCUCCUCUGCCUCCCUAAGUGCUGGGAUUACAGGCGUGAGCCACUGCACCCAGCCAGCAAAAUUUCUUUAGACAUAUUACAUAAUUGGGCCAUAAUGCUUACUGAAUAUUCAGAAAUAAAGGCAAAUUCUAAUAGAGAACUUGAUUUUGUGGUGGUUUAAAAAAAAUACUGGUUAGUGAUAAAUGAAAGGAAUUACAGAUAAUGGUACUAAAUAACAUUUGUGUAGCUUAGCAGUCAACACAUACUUACUUUUAAUGUUUACUGUAUAUGCGUAAUAUACAUUUUAUUAGAUCAUUUAACUCAGUAAUUUAGAGUCUAGCCUUAGACACCAGACUUUCUAGGUCUGAGUCGUGGUACGCUGCUUUCUGUGACCUCUCUGUGCAUUCCUCUGUGAGAGGAUGAUAAUCACAUCUGCUCCUAGGGUGGCUGUAUUAAAUGAGUUAACACGUGUCUGAUGAUUAGAAGAGUGCCUGACACAUAGUAAAUAUUCGCUAUUGUUAUAUGUUAAUGUAAUAUGGUAGAGUUCAGUUGCCAUUAAGUGGGAUAAAUCUUCACAGGGCACACAUUAUUUAAGUAAUUUGUUACAUUAAAACUUAUUUUACUUGUACAUAAUUGACUAAAAAAUGGAUGGUUGUACAUUCAAACAUUUAUGCAAGGGCUUUAUGACCAUGUGCAGCACUGAGAAUCUCAUGAACUGACAGUGUGCUCUGUGACCCAAGGCAAGUCUUGGAGCCUUUCAAGGCCUCCAUUUCUUCUGUAACCUUGUGUUUUCACAAUUGUUAACCUUUUGUUCUGCCUACCAUUGUCGUCAUAGUCUCACUUGCAGAGGGCAUAGUGCUGAUGGGACAAGUGACAUGGGUAUGAGCCCCAUGUAAACUAAACAUAAUUACCUUUCCUUUAGGUGUUGACUACAGUUAUCCCAAACUUGGACUUGAGGUCUUGUAUAUGCAUGCCAUUGGUCACAUACCAUCAGAAUAGAAUUCUCAAAAACUCUUUAGUAAGAUAAACAUCCUACUUAUAACAGCUCAUUAUGGAUUUUAUUUUUAUUGUCUGGCUCUUUCAGACCCCAGUAACUGCAAUUCUGACUUAAUAAUCGAUUGUUUCUAAUCAUUAAAAAUGUAUAUAGAAAAACUGAAA